AUGGAGAUCGACAGUCAGCCGCUGCAGCCGCAGACGCAACUUCAGUCUGUCAGCGGAUCUGUCGCGAAGAGGAGAGCAGCUUGUGACGAGUGCAGAACGAAGAAGCUCAAAUGCACCGGCGAACAACCGAAAUGCUCACGAUGCGCGCGCGAAGGCAUAACAUGCAUCUAUUCGAUCCAGAAGCAGAUGGGACGGCCGAAGAAGCGGCAGCGAACAGACGACGAUGAACACCACGAUGCGCAUCCCCAUGAAGAGCACGUAAUCCCCAACAAAGACCAACAACCGCAAGCCUGGGACUUCCCACCCCCAGACGAACCCUACAACGUCCUCACCCCAGGCGGCAGCGUACAACCCUGGCUCCUCGACUUCGACACCGACCCUACCCUCUACCCCUCCGACUCCGCCCUCCCCGCCCUUACGCCCGACAACAACAGCACCUCCUCCCACAGCCCACCGGUCCUCAACCUGCCACCCGAGCUCCAACAAACCCACCACCACAACCACAACCACAUCGACCCCUCCCUCCCGCAACCCGACUCCACCAACCUCGGCCUCCCCGCCUCCCUCCUCCCCCCCUGCGCCUGCCUGAGCACAAUGUACCUCACCCUCUCCAACCUCUCCUCCAUGCCCCCCAGCUUCCCCUUCCCCUUCGCCCUACACCCGCUCCGCUCGGCGAUGCAAACAGCCGCCGACGUCUUGGCCUGCGAGCACUGUCCACAACGCUUCAUCUCCGCCAUCCAGAACACGCAGUUAAUCGGGACACUCCUGAUGAGUCUCGCGGAGCGGUACGGGAAGGUCUUGUCUGCUAUAAGCUCGGAGGCGGAGAGGGCCGAGAGAGAAGGGGAGAAGAAAAAAUUCCGACUGGCGGAUUUAAAUACCGCGAAUGGGCAUUUACACACCAACGGCAUCGGGUGCGCGGCUGCUUUCAACUUGGAGCUGGAAGCGGAUGAAUGGCGGAGCCUAGCCAAAAAAGUCGUACGAGCAGAAGUCUGCGGCGCAGACGACGGGGGAGAAAUGAAUCCAUUGAGCGAAUCGAACGAAAUGAACGGUACAGGAGGCGGCGACCCCCACUCCCACUGCCCCUCCUUCCUGGGCAUCAUAAGCAAAAUGGAGCGCCGACAGGAAUUCUGGCACAACAAACCCAUGCCGGAAGACUUUCCCAAAGACCAUGUGACGGGGUUACCGAUCGGGGGGAAGCAUUUGCCCAAGGAGGAUCAUUUGUGCUUGAAGUAUGUCGGGUAUGCGAGGAGGAUGGUUGAGGGGUAUGAUUGGUCGUGA